CACUUUUCCUCUCUGCCUGGUGGAGUGUGUGUGGAGACAGAGCUGGGCAGAGUGUGUGUGAGGGGGCUGUAUGGACAUGUCAUCUCUGGGAGCCUAAUCAAGCUGGUGGACGUGGUUAAGACUUUGUAACUAAGAUGAGGACCAAUUUUGGAGUUUUGUUUUUGUUGGCCCUUUGGCCUGUCCAGUCUGGUGCUUGGUUCUGGGCAUGGACCGGUACUACCCCAGUGCCCCCAACAGUGGAACAGGAGGGGUCUGGCAGUUCAGCAGGUAGUGGAGAACCACCAUCAGAGAAUAUUGAAAGAGUUGGAGCCGAGAUCAUUGAUGAGGGACAUGAGGUUGCAAAGGUUGUGCAUACCUGGGAUGAGACCACUGAGGCUCCUCGACUGACCUCUCUAAAACCUACAACACAACAGGAACAUGAUCGUGCAUCAGAAAUAGGAACAGCAAGGAUUUCAUCUCGAAUUCGUGAAUCGGAGGAGAAUGGAGUCUCUCUGCUACAGCUGAUUGGAGACCCUCCUCCAAAUGAGAUCACCCAGGUCUAUGGCCCGGACAACAGUCCAGGGUAUGUCUUUGGUCCUGACGCCAACACGGGCCAGCUGGCCCGCGCCCACCUGCCGAGUCCUUUCUACAGAGACUUCGCCCUCAUCUUCCACCUGAAACCCACCUCUGACAGGGGCGGCGUCAUCUUCUCUGUCACAGAUUCCUCACAGCAGAUCAUGUACGUGGGGGUUAAACUGUCAGCAGUGCAGGGAGGCUACCAAAACGUCAUCCUUUACUACACAGAACCCGACUCACAGCAGUCCUACGAGGCGGCCAGGUUCCGUGUUCCCUCCAUGAGGGAUACCUGGACUCGUUUUGCCAUUGCUGUAAGAGACGACAAGGUGAUGUUCUACCUCAACUGUGACACAGACCCUCAAGUGAUGCGCAUUGAGAGGUCGCCGGAUGAGAUGGAGCUGGCGACUGGAGCUGGAGUCUUUGUUGGACAAGCUGGAGGCGCUGAUCCUGACAAAUUUCUGGGGGUGAUCGGUGAGCUGAGGGUGGUGGGAGACCCCCGCGCUGCUGAGAGACACUGUGAGGAGGAUGAAGAUGACUCGGAUAUGGGGGCUUCAGGUGAAGGAAGUGGCUUGCCAGAAAGUCGACCCACGAAACCGACUGUGGAGAAACAUCGAUGGGCGACCACUCCUCCAUCCUCCCGGCCCAUUCAGCAGCCACCGGUGACCAGCAAACAGGAGGUGUCAAUUUCAAGAGAAACUGCAAGCGACGCCCGCCAGGAUUCAGUUUCUGUGGAGUCCAGGCCUGGACUACUUCCUGGGUCACCAGGGCCAGUCGGGUCUAAAGGAGAGAAGGGCGAACAAGGUGAUAGAGGAGAGAAAGGAGAUAGGGGUCCUAUUGGGCCGAAGGGAGAAACCAGCUCUAGCUCCAGCUCCAGUUCGCGGGGUGGAGCCCGAGGAGAGAAGGGUGAACCAGGGGAAAAAGGAACAAAGGGCUCUGCAGGCUUUGGUUACCAAGGUACCAAGGGAGAGCCCGGCCCUGCUGGGCCAGCUGGUCCACCCGGCCCUCCAGGGCCUGCAACAGAGUUUUCAGUCGGCAGUGACGGUGCAGUUGCUUCCAGAGUCCCUGGACCCAGAGGGCCACCUGGUUCUCCUGGCCCCCAGGGGCCAUCAGGAGCUGAUGGAGAGCCAGGUGAUCCUGGUGAGGAUGGAAAGACUGGUCCUGAAGGACCUCCAGGCUUCCCAGGAACUCCAGGUGACGCUGGACUCAAAGGAGAGAAGGGAGAUCGUGGAGAUGGUCAACCUGGCCUCAGGGGACCACCAGGACCUCCUGGACCUCCAGGCCCAGGGAUGAGAUCUACCUUUGUGGACAUGGAGGGCUCAGGAUUUCCUGAUCUGGAAUCUGUGCGGGGACUUCCUGGCCUUCCUGGUCCCCCUGGUCCCCCCGGCCUUCCUGGUCCUUCUACAGCAGGUACAGCGUCCAGUUCUGGGGCAUUUGGACCUCCAGGGAGAGAUGGAGCGCCUGGUCAACAGGGUUUGCCCGGUUUGCCAGGUACUGAUGGCUCUCCAGGACUUAGUGGCCCCAAGGGAGAAAAGGGUGAUUCAGGUGAUCUGGGUCUUCCCGGAACAGUUGGAGCAAAGGGAGCUGUAGGAGACCCUGGUUUACCAGGAUCGCCUGGACAACCUGGACUGGCUGGUCUGCCUGGACCUAUAGGACCAGUUGGUCAACCUGGACCUCCAGGACCUCCUGGACCAAGUUAUCGUGUUGGAUUUGAUGACAUGGAGGGCUCGGGUGGAGGUUUUAGCAACGGACUUCCUGGUGUCAGAGGACCAGAAGGAAUACAGGGUCCUGCUGGCCUGCCUGGACUUCCAGGUAAACCUGGGUUCCCUGGUAUUCCAGGUCAGAAGGGCAAUGAAGGCACUGUUGGACGAGAUGGUCAGCCCGGGUUGGAUGGCUUCCCUGGACCUCAGGGACCAAAGGGUGACAGAGGUGACAAAGGAGAGACGGGUGAGUCAGGUCGAGACGGGAGUGGACUUCCGGGUCCACCUGGCCCGCCUGGACCUCCAGGUCAAAUUGUCUAUCAGAUAUCUGGCAAUCCUGAUGGUACUGUUGGCAGUGUUGGACCUCAGGGAGGACCUGGUAUACCUGGUCAGGCUGGAUUCCCUGGUCCUAUUGGACCAAAGGGUGAUAGAGGAGAGCCCGGCAUUCCAGGCUAUGCAUCGAAGGGUGAGAAAGGUGAGCCUGGCUUAGUAAUCGGGCCUGACGGAAACCUUAUGUCUCUGGAGGGGCUGACGGGUCUGAAGGGAGACAGAGGACAUGCUGGACCUGUUGGACCCUCUGGUCCUUAUGGACCUCCUGGACUUAAGGGUGAAAUUGGAAUGCCUGGAAGACCUGGUCGUCCUGGUGUAAAUGGAUACAAGGGUGAGAAAGGAGAGGCGUCGGCUGGAACUGGCUUUGGCUACCCAGGAGUCCCUGGCCCACCAGGACCACCCGGCCCCCCCGGACCCUCUGCGCCAGCUAUAGAUCGCUUCAACCGCUACGAUGAAAAUUCAAGGAAUUACUACGAAACUAAAGGGGAAAAAGGAGAGCGUGGUGACAGAGGAUCUCCAGGAAUCCCAGGAACAUCCCCUAAUAUUGAUAUCUACGCCUUCAAGAAUGAACUGAAAGGAGAUCGUGGAGAAUCGGGUGUGAAGGGAGAAAAAGGAGAGCCAGGUGGUGGAUUUUAUGACCCACGAUUUGGAGGAGUUCAAGGCCAACCAGGGUCUCCAGGAAAACCAGGCCUUCCGGGACCAAAGGGAGAGUCUGUCAUUGGCCCUGCCGGACCUCAGGGGCCUCAGGGACCACCAGGGAUUGGUUACGAUGGCCGUCCAGGGCCCCCAGGACCACCUGGGCCGCCAGGGUCUUCCUCACUUCCCGGAGCAUACAGGCCCAAUCACUCCGUCAAUAAUCCUGGACCUCCAGGUCCCCCUGGUCCCCCUGGAACUCCUGGUCCUUCCUCAGGGGUUACAGUUUUGAGAUCGUACGACACGAUGAUUGCUACAGCCAGGCGUCAGGCAGAGGGCAGCCUCAUCUACAUCAUCGACCAAUCAGACCUGUAUCUGAGAGUACGAGACGGACUGCGCCAAGUAAUGCUUGGAGAGUACAGUCCUUUCUUCAGACAUCUGGAGAAUGAGGUCGCAGAGGUCCAGCCUCCACCUGUGAUCCAGUACCCUCAGUCCCAGGACCAGUCCCACAACAACGGAGCUGGCCAUUAUUCCCAGGGUGGUUCAUCCAUACGUCCCAUUGAGCCUCCACCUCACCCACCUGUAGAUCCCAGAUACCCCCCACAUUAUGACCCCAGAUUCCCAGACCCCAGACAGACAGGCCAGACAGAUGGAAGAUUAGCCAACAAACAAAACGAGAACAGACAACCCGUCACACCUCAGAGACGUCCCAGCCCACCUGUCCCCCAGCCUGCAGGCAACCUGGACACAUCAGGAUCAGGACUACACCUCAUCGCCCUGAACGCCCCUCAGAGUGGAAACAUGCGAGGAAUUCGCGGGGCAGACUUCCUGUGCUUCCAGCAGGCCCGUGCCAUAGGUCUAAAGGGGACAUUUAGAGCUUUCCUGUCCUCCAAACUUCAGGACCUCUACACCAUCGUCCGGAGGUCGGACAGGGACAGCCACCCAAUCGUCAACCUCAAGGACCAAGUAUUGUUCAGCAGCUGGGAGUCUAUAUUUGGUGAAAAUGCGAGCAAAAUGAGAGAGAAUGUACCGAUCUACUCCUUUGAUGGUAGAGACACCCUCAGGGACAGUGCAUGGCCAGAGAAAAUGGUCUGGCACGGAUCGAGCACCAAAGGCCACCGUCAAACAGACCACUACUGUGAAACAUGGCGGGCGGGCGAGCACGCUGUGUCUGGUCUGGCAUCAUCGCUACAGAGCGGACACCUCCUGCAGCAGACUUCCAGCGGCUGCUCGGGCUCGUACAUCAUCCUCUGUAUCGAGAACGCCUUCACAUCACACUCCAAAAAAUAAAUCCCGUCCGUCCGUCUUUGUUUUUGUUCUGGGCCCUAGGUAAACACAGUUUUUUAAUUCCCUGACAACACGCCUUGUGAACAUGUGGCGUCCGAUGAACUGGCCCUGAGGCUCUUUGCCUGGCAUAGACGCUUUGCAUCGUCUGCUCCUCCCCUCCACAAACGCCAAAGAGAUGGGUCGAACAGAGGGGGGUGUUGGUCCUUUUAUUCUCGGGGGCAUUGGCACAUAUUUUCUACAAGGGGUGGAACGAGAGCCAAGAGGCUUAACAUGUUCUCAAAUUGUAUCCAUUUUUUAAAAAGUCUGUAUAUUACAUGUUUGUUAUUUGUGCUUUUAUUUUGUUAAAUUUUGACAUUAUCAAUGUUUUUUCCUUUUGAACUGUUUAUAAAAAUGCUAUAUCCAUCCUGUUUUUUUAUUUUAGGUAUUGAUCAUUUCUACAUUUGUUUUUCCGAUUUCAUUUUUAGAACUUUGGGCUAUGACGGGGUAGAGCAAACGUUUAAAGAUUAUUUUAAAUUUAAAGAAGAUAAUAGAUAUUUAUUUUUAAAUGAAGUUAUGUAAGGACGUGAUUUGGGCAAUAAAAAAAGCUAAAAACCCUCAUUUAUAUUCUUUACACCACCGAACAUUCAGCUUUGUUUUUUUUUGUUUUUUUUAUCAAAGGAGCCUCUGAACAGAAACUGUGCCUUAUUACACGACGAGAACACGCUCAUGUAGUGAACAGAUACUUUUUCAUGCAUUUUUCUACAAACUCUGUAAAUGUUGCAGCGCUCUUACUUCACACUACAUUUAAAUGACUUUUUUGUGGACACACUGCUGUAAUGAAUAAUCCCACAUCCAGAGGGCAAGACUCCCUCUGAAAUUGAGCCUUUUGAAUAAAUAAAAAAAAAAGAUUAUUUUUCCUUUCUACCACUCAAUAAGAGCCUAUCAGUGAGUAAGCUGGAAAUGAUUAGUUUGCUGCUAAUCUUUGUUGGAGUGAUUGCUGUCACAAGUGUUAGGGACGGAGACAUCAGCAUGUUUGUGCAGCAGCAGCUUUGGAUUGAAUCUCAGACACUAACCCGGCCUCAGUGCUGCUUGACGUCUUGACUGAACCUGUGGAUAUCCAUUUUUAUAACAAAUUGUGCUAUACUGUUUCUCCCAGGCACUGAAUAAAAGUAUUUUACAACUACAACAAUA